GAUGAAGACAGUCCCCUGUAACAUAGAUUCGACUAGUAAAACACUAACUUCUCCAGCGGCAUUGUUUUGGGGCUUCCCUGCAUAACUAUUAAUACAAAUCGGGCUAUCUUGUCCCGCAUCCUCGGUCCAUAUCAUUGCCUUGUCCAAAGCAUACUCUUAUUAGCUGUCAUAGCUACGCCUCUACUGUUGCUCUGCCCGAUCGAAACCCUGUUGACGAUGCCUUCAGAUAAGAAUCGUCUCUACAUGCCUGUCAAAGUUGACCCCAAAGGCCAACACAUUCGUGUACCACUGGGCCUUCAUCUUUGGGCCAAUAGCCGAGGGGCGUUUUCAUGCAAAGGAGAAAUCACUUUCGUCGGCCAACCUCCCACCGCGCAGUCAGUAUGGCAGUACGACGAACUGGAAAUCCCCCUAGCGCCGACGUCGAUGCUGCUGGUUCGCGUUGUCGUUGGUAAGAUGAAUAGCACGAGCAGGCUUCAGUCUAUUUUCCAGGGUACACCACUUCGACCCGAGGUGGAGGGCUAGAAUUACGUUGAGUGGGUAAAGGAGGGCCUCGGUACAGCCAUACAAGCCAGCAGCGCCCUAGGCACAUCCGCCACCGACUG